GGGCUACAUGGCUGCGGUUGCAGUGGUCGGCAUCGGCAACAUCCCCAAAUGUAACCGGUGAUCCAAAGGGCGACUGUAGCGCUCCUGUCUAGAGAAGGCGGCGGGGUGGAUCCAGAGCUCCAUUCAUGUCUCUCACGCCUGGCCGCAAAGCAUCGGCAGGCCAGCACAGGCGUUCAGCAGCGACCAGUGGUGGAGGCGGGCGGUAUUUCCACGGCGAUGCAUCUAACACCAACACAUACCCUGGUCGGGUCAGCUCUGUGGAGCGCAGCCCAGCCACCAGCACACCCAGGCGACAGACUAAGCAGACGACCUGCAGUGAUAACCAUGGCAUCCGGCCCCCCGCUCCUGAGCAGUACCUUACCCCGCUGCAGCAGAAGGAGGUGUGUAUACGACACCUGCGAGCCAGGCUGAGGGACAACGUCGAUCGACUGCAGAACAGGGACUGCGAGCUGGACGACCUGAGGAGCCAGCUGUACAGGAUGCAGGAGGACUGGAUAGAGGAAGAGUGCCACCGCGUGGAAGCCCAGCUGGCGCUGAAGGACGCCCGCAGGGAGAUCCUGCACCUGCAGGACAUGGUGGAGUCGGUGAAGACCAACCUCGGUGGCCGUGAGCACCAGCCCCCGGGGCCCCAGGCCCCCGCCGGGCUGCAGGGGCCGCGGCACGGCGGGAGGUCCCGCUCCUGCGGCUGCUCCCCGGCCGGCACGCUGAGCCGCGGCACCCCCCGCACCCGGCUGAGCAGCGAGGCCCUGCAUCCGGAGCGCGGCCCGGGCCACCCCGACGCGGAGGGGGGCUUCCCCCCGCACGCGGGGCAGAAGCACCUGCUGCUGGAGGCGGCCCUGCUGUCGGAGCAGAAGGCGCCCCGCAGACACGCGCCGGGGCCGCCGCCCACCGUGUCCUGCUCGGCCACCUACGAGCGGCUGUGCAGCGUCGGGGCCGUGCUGCCCGUCUCCCACUCCUGCCACACGCUGAGCGGCAGCGGCUGCAGAUGCGGCGCACACACCUACCUCCCCCAUCACCACUUGUUCCUCCACCUGCCUCAGGGGGACGGGCCGCCUGUGGCGGCGGCUGCUGCUGCUGCCGCCUCGGAUGGCACUGUUCCCAUGGCUACGGCCGCUGCGGGCGCCCCCUCCCCCCCCGUUGUUGCUAUGACGAUGCCCGUUCAAGUCGCAGAGAGGAAGCCAGAGGUCCGCUCGCAAGCCUGCAGCCCCACAAUGACCUGGCUCUCAGAGGAAGGGGGCGGCGAGGAGCUGAGCGUCAUCUCCUCCUCCACAGGCGUUGAGGUUUCCCCCUUGUUUUCACCCUUCUCGCUCCCCGUGGAUCUCCACGGUGUGGGGCCGGGCGCGACCGACAAACCGGUGGACGUUAAAACUAUGUCGAAGGAGCCCCUCACGUUUCAACCUCAGCCUGUAUUCAGCCGGCCCCCAGAGAGACAGGAGGUCACGAUACUGGAGAUGGAAGAGGAAAGCGACAAGGAAGCGGCCGAAGAGGAGCCCCCCCCUCAGCUGUGCCACUGGAGCCGGUACUUCUUGGUGGACCUUCUGGCUCUGGCUGUGCCGGUGGUGCCGACCAUGGCCUGGCUGUGCCGCAGAGCACCACGAGACGUACUGACCACAGUUCCUAUUGGCUCAAUGCUGAGGGGUUGCUGUGCUGUGGCCCUUUAUUCACUUCGCUGCCGAGGUGCCGCCAGGGGCCCGGGGCCCAUCAACAUGAACGGGGCCACCCCUAUCUGAGAUCUCCACACCUUGUAUUGCCCGGUACAACGCAGCCAACACAAAUUCCAAGACACCAUCAUAAUCACAGCCAUGAAGACUUUGGAAAGAAUGUUUGGUAUCAUAUACUGUCCGACUAUAAUUUCCAUGAGCAGUUAAUGUGGUCUAGCCUUUUUAAUUCCCUGCCUCUGCCUGCAGUUGGAAUAUUCCGCUCUUUGCAUGUAACCCCUAAAUGUUCAGCUGAGGGGAAGUCACCGCGCUGAUACAAAAUCCUUUCUCAUUGUUCUCCCAUAUUGUUUAAAAGAUCUUGUGAAUGUAUGCUCUAUUUUACGUCUCAAUUUCUAAUUCUAGGGCUAUCAGCAAGGAUUAUACCAGAUUCUUUGUUAAACAUUUGAUACUUUCUAACGACCACAUACUUAAUACCGGUAUGGUUGAAGUGUUGCACAUUUGAGUGACGUGGGAACUUGGCCGUGUGAAGACAACAUUUUGAGUAGCCGUUCUGAUUUUAUAUAAUUUAAAUCGUAUCUCCAGUUACCUAAUUGGUUAGAAUGAGACAACUUUGUGUAAUUCCAGUGCAGCAAAAAUAAUACAUUCUCCAAUGUUUUGUUUUAGGUAAAGAAAUACAUUCACAGCGGAUCUACGAAGAUGCUCAUAUGAGCUUCAUUGAAAUCACAGGUUUGCACAGCUGCUAGAAAUAUAAUGAAGAUAAUGGAAAAACUAAAACGUAGUUAAGAUAUUGGGCUGGCUAAAUAUUGGCUCGCAAUUAAACAGAUAUAAAACACUUUACCAGCAUUUCUUUACCCAAUCAGAUGUAUGAAACAAAGUAGCUGUGAACCUGCUCAUUAAUAUCAGUUAUAUGCAGACAUUACAUUUGCACUGACAUGACAAUAUAUUCUUAAUUGUUUGAAGAACUUACAACAUUCCAUUCAUGUUAUUUGCAUCAUAAAGCAAUAACACUUCUUAUCUUGUAAUUUGCUUGGCCACGGCCCUUUGCUGUAUAUUAAAACAGGACUCCAUUAUAGGAAUACAGUAUGCUCCCACAUUCUGCUAUGGUCCUCGUUAUUGGAUUGAGGUUGUAGUUUUUUUUUAAAUUCCUUACAGACAAGGCAUUCAUGUUACUGCAUUUCAGAUGUACAUGUCUCAACCAACAUAAGCACCCGGGAAUCCUUUGUAAAUAAAAACAU